CUUAAAUCAAAAUUUUCAGCUUCUGUUUGCCUUUCUCAGUGUCCAAUAAAUACAUAUUUGUAUGCAAACAUCAGCUGUUAAUUCUGUGCUCGAUGACGCAGCGGUGAAGCAAAACACCAACCCAAACAUCAAGCAGUGGCUGGACGACCUUGAAAAUGCUUCCUACGAUGCAGACGAUCUGUUGGAUGAGAUUGAAACUCAUGCUCUGCAAUCUAGAUUAAAAGCUGAAUCAACAAAGUCGUCCAAAGCAAGUAAGUUAUUCAAACAUUCUAUUUCCAUUUCUGUCCGUUCAUAUGAUCGAGAUAUGAAGAAGAAGCUGGAGGAGAUUCUUCAAAGGUUGAAAUUUCUUGAAGAACGAAUAUAUGUGCUUGGUCUUAUAAAGGGUGUUGGCGAAAAACCAUCACCAAGACCACCGACCACAUCUUUGACAGAAGAAUCUGAGGUCUACGGUAGAGAUGCUGAUAAGGAGGCCAUAAUCAAGUUGUUGCUUACACAUGAUGAUCAUGAGGGUAGGAAUAAGGUGUCUGUGAUUCCAAUAGUAGGCAUGGGUGGCAUUGGCAAAACAACCCUUGCUCAAUCAGUAUACAACGAUCAUGCAGUUGAGAAGCACUUUAACUUCAAAUCAUGGGUUUGUGUUUCUGAAGAGUUUGACAUUUGCAAGGUAACGAAAACAGUCCUCUGUGCUGUAACUAAGUCUCAUUCUCAUUCUUAUGAUGACUCAAACUUGGAUUUGCUUCAAACUACGUUGAAAGAGGGGCUAACCGGAAAAAAAUUCUUAAUUGUUUUAGACGAUGUGUGGAACGAGGAUUAUAUUGAUUGGAAGAAAAUGUGUACACCUUUUAAUUAUGGGGCUCAAGGAUGUAAGAUUAUUGUAACAACACGCAAUGAAAAAGUUGCAGACAUCACGGGCACUAUUCCAACUCAUUAUCAUCUUGAGCACUUGAAAGAUGAAGAUUGCUGGAAACUGUUUGAAAAGCAUGCAUUUGACAAAAUUAGAGAUUCUGGUGUAUGUCAAGUCCUGGAAAAAAUUGGUCGAGGAAUUGCCAAGAAAUGCAAUGGCUUGCCCUUAGCUGCAAAAUCACUUGGAGGCCUCUUGCGCUCUAAAGAAGAUAUCAAUGAAUGGGAAAGAGUAUUAAAGAGUAAGAUUUGGGAUUUUUCAUAUAAAGAGACUAAAAUUCUACCAGCUUUGUUGUUAAGCUACAACUACCUUCCAUCACACCUAAAGCGAUGUUUUGCUUUUUGUUCAAUGUUCCCCAAGGACUAUGAAUUCCAGAAGCAUGAAUUGGUCUUAUUGUGGAUGGCAGAAAAUCUUUUGCGUCAAUCAAAAAGAGAUAAGAGAAUGGAAGAUAUAGGUGAUGAAUAUUUUAACGAGUUAGUGUUAACAUCAUUUUUCCAAAGAUCAAGUAAAGUUAGUGUAUCUUCCUGGAAAUCUUUCUUUGUGAUGCAUGAUCUUGUUCAUGAUUUAGCCAGAUAUGUAUCCGGGGAAUAUUGUUUUACAUUAGAAGAUGGCAACUCAAAUGAAAAGGCGAUGAGGGUGCGUCAUCUAGGAGUUGCAACAGUUGUUUCCUUACAGAGAUUUGGUACUAUUUCUGAAUCAACUCAUUUGCGCACACUUUUACCAUUAGACGGUUAUCCAUUUUGUUACUUAUUCAAUGAAGUAGUGAACAACGUAAUUUUGAAGUUGAGGUGUUUGAGAGUAUUGUCAUUGUUUGGUUGUACAAAUUUGAGGCAGUUAAGUGAAUCAAUUGGUGAACUAAAGCAUCUUCGUUUCCUUAAUCUCUCUGAAACUUCAAUCAAAAGAUUGCCCAAUUCUGUGUGUAAGUUGUACAAUUUACAAAUUUUAAAUUUAUCAAGGUGUCGUGAACUCAUUGAGUUGCCUGAAGAUAUGCAUCAUCUUAUCAACUUGAGGCAUCUUGAUAUCAGUUAUUGUUUUAAUUUAGUAGAGAUGCCAAGACAAUUGAGUAAAUUGAAGAGUCUCCAGACGUUGACAUAUUUUGUUGUGGGAAAAGAUAAUAAGACAAAGAUAGGAGAGUUGAGGGAGCUUUCAGAUCUCCAUGGAGAACUUCACAUUAGAAAUUUACAGAAUGUCCCAAGUGCUGAGGAUGCAUUGGAAGCCAAGUUGAUGGACAAAAACAAUCUUGAGGCGUUGCGGUUGCAUUGGAAUGGCAAUUCUAAUGAUUCAAAUCAUGACGAAGAAGUACUUAAAAAUCUAUUGCCGCACACGAAUUUGAAAAUGCUUUACAUACAUGGAUAUGGAGGUCCUUCAUUCCCAAACUGGUUAGGUGAUGUAUCAUUCUGCAACACAGUCUAUAUACAACUUGGCAAGUGUAAAUAUUGCAAGUGCUUGCCACCACUUGGACAGCUACCCUCCCUCAAAACUCUGUAUAUUGAUGGACUUAGUGGAGUGGUGACUGUGGGUGCAGAGUUUUAUGGGAUUAAUGGUUCUAAUUCUGCGAGAAAGGCAUUUGCAUCACUGGAAUUUUUGGGUUUCCGUGAUUUGGCAGCCUGGGAAGAAUGGUGUUCAGUUGGAGUUGACGAUGGUGAAAUCUUCCCUAAACUCCAAGAACUUGAAAUAGUUAGGUGUGACAGGUUAAGGUCUGUUGAUUGGCCUGUAAACCUGCCAUGUCUAACAAAGCUUCAAAUUAUAUGUCCUAGCAGUGGCAGUGAGGUUCUUGUUUCAUCACUCCCAAGGACUCCGGCUAUCCGUCACUUGGAUUUAAGCAAGUGUGAACAACUAGAGGUACGGGGAUUGCCACAAACAGUGGAAACGAUUAGUGUUGGAGGAUGUAGAGGUGUAGAAUCAUUGAUGAAGGCAUUAAGAGAGAGCCAAACUUGUAGUCUUCAAAGCCUAUGUAUCAAUGAUUGUUCUUUGCCUAUAUCCUUGCCUACAGGGUGUCUCCCUGCUACCCUGACACAACUGCGAAUCCAUAAUUGUGAGAAAUUAGAAUUCCCAAUGCACCAUGACUCACUCAAAACAUCUCUUCAAAGGCUUUCCAUAUCAAAAAGUUGUGGGGGUUCACUUAUAAAUAUGGUUUUCCAACUUUCUUCAUAGUUAGGUUGUCUCUUCAUUGUCUGCUCUUCGGAUAGUCAUCUUUUCUGUUAGAAGUUUAACAACAUCACAGUUUUAUAUAUAACUAAAGAAGGUGAUACCAUUGGCUUAUAUAUUUAUUUAUUUUCUUACAAAUAUUGUUGAUAUUUUUGAGAUCUGGAUAUAUAAAACGUGCUCUAACCAAUAUUUUUCUGAUUGAUAAAUAGAUUGAGGGCAUCAUUAUGAUUGAAUUCUUAAUGCUAAGACAUAUUUGUAGGUUCAAACUCCUUAAACAUCCAUUCAAUUCUUGGUGCGGUACAUUUCUAAAUGAAUAUGGAAUGUUGCAGAAGACAUAUUGGAUGAGAAUUCACAACAAAGCUUUUGUCUUCCUUCAUGCUCUUCCUCAUUUAUUUUGGGUUCAUGUGUUCACAAAUCCUGCAAGAUGGCAACAAGUGCAAAUAAAAUUUUCAAAUUCUGAGUUUACUUGUUUGGGAAAUUUAGAUAUUUGUGCAUGCUACAUUUGCAAAUACUAGUUAUUUCUAAUUAUGGUGUUGUAUUAAGAAUUAUUAGUUUUACAUUUACAUAUAUCAUGGAUAUUAAUGAUGAUUUAAAGACUUUAGUUCA